AUCUAUAUGGAUUUUAUACCCAUCCCAAUUGAAUUGGAUAGUAAAAUAUCCAUGGGUAUGGGCAAAAUUGUCAUCACUAGGUCUUUUAUCAUAUGAUUAUGUAUACUUUACUUUGUAUAAUUGGUUUGUACUUUAAUAAUUAGGUUUGUAUACUAUGUAGUAUUAAUUUGUAUAAUUUUAUUAUAUGGUUUAUAUACUUUGUAGUAUUGGUAUAACAAUUUCGCAAGAUUUGUAUACUUUUAUCCUCUCAUUUAUAUAGUUUGUGUCAUUGGUUUGUAUAUUUUAAUGAUCUAAUUUGUGUGAUUUGCCCUGUUGUUAAAGCCGAGUUCAACCGCUCGGCUUGACCAAUAAUAAAGAGCCGAUCAUCAAACUGGUAUGACUCAGCUAUUUAGCUGCUAAUGAGAGUCGAGCGACCGAAUAAGGGUUUGGUUUACUUGCACAAGAUCUCUGCACCAUAUCCCUUCAGCUGAAUCUUUGCAAUAAGCUCUAUGGAAAUGAAGGGAACGAAAGGGAAACUCUAGAAGAAGCUCUAAUCCAUCAAACCAAUAGUGUACAAUAAUGAAUGUCCUUAAAUGUACAGAAUUAGAAGUGUAAGGAGAAUAAUGGAUUAGUUUGUAAAGAAGUUGAAGACUGAAUGGUUAUUUGGCAGGCUAUAAAGAUCCCGCCCAAAUGAUUGUAAUGACAUUCUGAAUGAUAAUAACAAACUUUCCUCCUUUUCCACUCUCUCCAACUCUCUUUGUCUCUGUCUUCUUUCUCUGCUUUCUGCCAUUUUCUCUUUUUUUUUUUCUCGGUAGCCAAACACUAACCAAGAUGAUCCAGCUCUCCCAGGGGUGACAAGGUGGUAUCAGAGCCCGUCUUGGUAGCAAUGGCUAACACUAGAGGCACAAUCGAAACGUUUAACCAAUUUGAUGGCGUCUACCGCUCAGGCUAAAGCAGAGCUCUACGACAAGAUUGCGGAUGUUCGUGCGCUAGUGCACAACCAUAUUGAUCAGUUACAGGAACUCAUGGCUCGCGCAGAAGGCCAUUCUCAGCAGUUCGUCACUCUCACUACUCGAUUGGAUGGAAUGGAAGCUUGCUCGGUGACUCGCUUCACCGAAAUGGAAGCUCCAUUGGACAAUCACUUCGGGAAAUUCACUCAGGAUCUCCGUGGGAUGCUUUAAUUGAAAGCUCCACCUAGGCCGACGGGAGCCAUUGCCAGGCUGCGCCGCUAAUUGACAUAAAUGGAGUUCGAGGCAAUUUACCUUUGCAAAAUCUAGGUUUCAGGGGAGUUGACCCUGCCGUAGUGCAGACACCUAAGGUACCAGCUUGGCAGCUUCGAAUCAUCAGGUCGCAGAGCGAGAGAACUUACAAGCUCCGAGCCCGAGGUAACAAUCAUCAAAUGUUUUGGUUACAUUUACCCUCUUUUAAUGGAGAAGAUCGUAGAGAAUGGACUAGAAAAUGCGAAUUGCUGUUUGAGAUCCAUGCAAUUCCUAAUGAAAGGAAGGUUAUUCUGGUUGUGAUUUAUUUCGAAUGUCGAGCGGAUAUUUGGUUUAAAGGUUGGAAAUAUAAGAACGUGAUUUAGUAUGGGAGGAAUUUGUGGCUGCUUUGUGCCAGUGAUUUGGUAAUCGUACUAAUGGUGGUGUGAAUUGUGAUAGCUGAGUUCAACAAACUCAGGUAGUGAGAAUCUUUAGCGGAUUACAUAGGAGAAAUUUAAGGAACUAAGGUCCUUAAUGGCUAGAUUUAAUCCAACUUUAGAUUAGAUCUACUCAUCAGCAGUUUUAUCAGUGGAUUGGUGGAGGAACUCUAGCCAGUAAUGACGAUGUGGAAUCCGCAGUCUUUAGCGGAUGCUUUUCAAUUGGCACAGUUAGAGGAAGCCACGAAUGAGGCUCGACGAAAGAAGUGGCAUAAUAAUACCAAUACUAAUUUUUGUCCCAUGGCUACAUCCAACAGUAACAGAAGCCCAUCUCCCAAAAUAUGGGAGGGCUCCGAUUCUCGACCUCCAGGAAGUGUUAAACCACCAAUACUGAAUCCAAAAGGGAAUGCGGCUAGAGGAACUUGUUACAAGUGUUGUGAUAAGUACUAUUACGAGCAUGUAUGUGAAGCAAAAAACAACUUAAUGUGUUGUAGGCUAAUGAUGAAUAUGUUGUUCCUAAAGAAUGGAGUGUAAUGGAUGAGGAGGAUAUGGCAGAACCAAAAACGGAUUCAAUGCAACCAGAAUUGGUCGAAGUAUAUAUGUAGGCUCUGAGUAGUGGGGGACUGUCAAAUUCCUUAAUUGUCAAGUGUAAGGUUAAGAAGGAAAAUAUUUUCAUACUAAUUCACACGUGUAGCACUCAUACUUUUCAGUAAAAAGAAGGCAAGGGAUCUCAAAUGUUAGUUGGUUCAGGCCCCUAAUCCUUUGAGAGUUAAAUUAGCAGAUGGUACCAUGUUCAUUAGCAACUUGGUGUGCAAGGAGUUUUGUUGGGAAAUUCAAGGACAAAAGUUUACCUAUGAUAUGAUAAUUUUGAGUCUGGGAUCAAAUGAUUCAGUGUUGGGUUUAGAUUGGUUGAAGACAAUCAAUCCAGUGAAAUUUGACUUCACAUAGCUGCCACUUCAUCAAUGAUUAGUCAAAGGGUGACCGCCGUUAGGUCAACUGUUAGUUCUUACGGUCAACAAAACUUCGCUUAACACAAAUGACGCAAACACUUAAUAGGUUGGAAUAUUUUUGUAUUUAUUGAAGUUACGUAAUAUAAAUGACACUUGCACUAAAGAUUGGUAUUUCCAGUGGCAUUAGCCCAAUUUUUUUUAGUUAACGGUUGUUUAAUUAUCUAAUAUUGGUUAAACCAAUAAAGUGCGACAUGUUUGUUAUGUCAACAUUGAUAAUUUGUGAAAUGUGGUAUUUGAGUAAAAUAUCACAGACUUAAUUACUAAAUAUCAUAAUACAUCUUAUUUGAUGUUGUGGUAUUUUUAUCCAAAUAUCAUGUUUGUCAAGGGAUAGGGAUAGUGGAAUUUGUGAUGUCGUAUUUCCAAAUCAACCCAUAUGUAGUUUGAAGAAAUUUCACUUGCACCAUCCUAAACAAUCUUAUCUUCAAUUCUUGAAAUAUAUUGUUUAAUUUUUUCUCAAAAUAUUGAUGUUGAUUGUCUUUAUUUAUAAAAUAUUAUUUGGAUAAGUAAAGGAGAAUGAAGGAGAUUCAGGUGU